AUGAUUUCCAUCAUCUUUGGAUACGAUACGGGAGUGAUGAGUGGAGCGAUGAUCUUCAUAAAAGAAGACCUCCUAAUCAACGACACACAGGUCCAGGUCCUCGCCGGGAUCCUCAACAUCUGCGCCCUCGUCGGCUCCCUGAUGGCCGGCCGGAUCUCCGACUUAAUCGGCCGCCGCUACACCAUCGUCCUCGCCUCCAUCAUCUUCCUCAUCGGCUCCGUCCUCAUGGGCUGGUCCCCUGGCUACGCCGUCCUCAUCACCGGACGCUGCGUAGCCGGCAUCGGCGUCGGUUUCGCCCUUCUGAUCGCCCCAGUCUACUCCGCGGAGGUCUCCUCCGCGAAAUCGCGAGGAUUCCUCACCUCCUUACCCGAGUGGGGGAUCGCGAUCGGAAUCCUCCUCGGAUACAUCUCCAACGUCGCCUGCGCCAAGCUCUCGCUCCGCCUCGGCUGGAGGCUGAUGCUCGGGAUCGCGGCGGUCCCUUCGCUCCUCCUCGCGAUCGGGAUCCUCAAGAUGCCGGAAUCCCCGCGGUGGCUGAUCUCGCAGGGGAAAUUGGGGAAAGCGAAGAGGAUCCUGUUCAAAGUGUCGAAUUCCCCUGAAGAAGCAGAGAAGCGGUUCCGAGACAUCAAGAUCGCGGCGGGGAUCGACGAGGAUUGCGAUUCGGAGUUCGCGGAGGUGCCGAAGAAGGAAUCGGGAGGGAAAGGGGUGUGGAAGGACCUUCUGCUGCGGCCCACGCCGGCCGUGAGGAGGAUAUUAGUCUGUGCUGUGGGGAUACAUUUCUUCGAACACGCGGUGGGCAUCGAGGCGGUGGUGCUCUACAGCCCGAGGAUUUUCAAAUCGGCUGGCGUCACGGAUAAGCACAAGCUUCUCCUCGCGACGGUCGGCGUCGGCCUCACGAAAUUCACCUUCAUUGUGCUCUCGACUUUCCUGAUGGAUCGGGUCGGGCGGCGGAGGCUGCUGCUGACCAGCUUCGCGGGGAUAAUCGGGGCGCUGAGUCUGCUGGGGACGUGUCUUACGAUUGUGGAGAGGCAUCACGGGGAGAAGAUUUUGUGGGCCUUGGGCCUGAGCAUUGCGUCGUGUUAUACGUUUGUGGCCUUUUUCAAUAUUGGGGUGGCGCCCGUGACGUGGGUUUAUAGCUCGGAGAUUUUCCCGCUGCGGUUGAGGGCUCAGGGGUAUAGUUUGGGAGUGGCGGUGAAUAGGCUGAUGAACGCGAUGAUCUCGAUGACGUUUAUAUCGUUGUACAAGGCGAUUACGAUCGGCGGCGCGUUUUUUCUGUUUGCCGGGGUGUCGUUGGCGGGGUGGAUUUUUGUGUACACUUUGUUUCCGGAGACGAAAGGGAGGUCGUUGGAGGAGAUGGAGGAGCUGUUUGGCGGAGGGAAUAGGAAGAGUGAUGAGCUUGAAGGCCGGGUUUAG